AGGUCCGUUCACCAACCGCUCGAUCAGUGCCACGUGUAAUCUGCAAACUCUUUCUCUUCCUCCUCACCUGGCCUUAUCCAUCCGUUUCCCCCUUCCUUUAAAGCACACCUCUCUUCCUUCCCUCCUCAUUUCACCGGAAACCUUCAACAAAGCAAGAAAGCGGGAUCGUGAGAGAGCGAGAAAUGGCUUCUGGUUUGGUCCUCACCUCGAUCCGGCCGGCAGUGAUCCGGGCGAGCACCGGCGACGGCCGCGGGGGGCGGUUGGCCCCCGCGAAGGCCGCCGGCGGAGGGGGCAACAGCUGGUGGGUCCCGCUGUUCGGGUGGUCGUCGGAGCCCGACUACAUCGACGGCCCCGCGACGCUGGAGGCUUCCGGGAAACGGGCCGCGGCGGAGACGGAGGGGAAGAGCAGGCGGCCGGCGGGGCGGAGGUUCGUGGCGUUCACGGAGGAGAAGGCGAGGGAGCUGCGGAUGCGGACCAUGGAGACGGAGGCGUUCCACGACGUCAUGUACCACUCCGCCAUCGCCUCCCGCCUCGCCUCCGACCUCCCUCGCCGACCCCCCGCCACCAGGCUCUGAGCCCCAAUCCGUCGAUUUCAAUCUGUCUCUAAUAUUUCGGCCCCCUUGUUUUCGUAUAUGGACAUCAAUCAUUGUAUCAUAUCAGCGACCGAAUGAACAAAAAUAAUGUUUUCAUUCGGGGUUAUUUAUCCCCCCCAAAAACAUUUGAUUUCUUUGGUC